AAGGGCCUGAAUGCGCCUGUGUUACCUUCCCCUUACUGCCACCAGGAGUUCCGUGCAGCAGAACAUUCUUUGGGAAGAUGGCUGGGAAUUCGAUCUUGCUGGCCGCUGUGUCUCUCCUCUCUGCCUGUCAGCAAAGUUACUUUGCUUUGCAGGUAGGAAAAGCAAGAUUCAAAUACAAAGUUAUGCCCCCGGCCGUCUCUGGGUCACUAGAAUUUGAGAGAAUAUUUCGUGCGCAACAAAACUGUGUAGAGUUUUACCCCAUAUUCAUAGUUACACUGUGGAUGGCUGGAUGGUAUUUCAACCAAGUUUUUGCUACUGGUCUGGGUCUGGUAUACAUAUAUACCCGCCAUCAGUAUUUCUGGGGAUAUUCAGAAGCUGCUAAAAAAAGGGUCACUGGUUUCCGGUUUAGCCUGGGGAUUUUGGCCUUGCUGACUGUCCUUGGCGCCCUGGGGAUUGCAAACAGCUUUCUGGAUGAAUACCUGGACCUCGAUCUCGCCAAGAUGCUGAGGCGCUUCUAACCUCCCCCUCCCCUCUGCCCAAAUGCUUGGAGAAGUUGUUUCCACGCUGGAGGUUAUAGGCAAUCACUUGUUCAAUUAAAACAAAA